GAGGAGUUGGGGUUUGCACGUCGGGGAUUGCACCGCGAGAGAGACGUGCAAAGCAGCCAGCCGGGGGCGGGGGGGAUCUGCCAGCCGGAGACACCCACCCAGCGCUGCCAGCCCAGCCCGGACCAUGAAAGCCAUCAGCCCGGUGCGGUCCGUCAGGAGCUGCUACGAAGCCGUGUGCUGCCUGUCGGACCAGAGCCUGGCCAUCGCCCGGGGCAGCCCCGGCAAGAGCCCGGCGCUGGAGGAGCCCAUGAGCCUGCUCUACGACAUGAACGAUUGCUACUCCAAGCUGCGCGAGCUGGUGCCGGGCAUCCCGCAGGGCACGAAGCUGAGCCAGGUGGAGAUCCUGCAGCACGUCAUCGACUACAUCUUCGACCUGCAGAUCGUGCUGGAGGAGCAGGCGAAGGGCCAGGACACGGCCGCCGAGACCGCCCUCCUCUCCCUGACGGCCUCUGAACUGUGCUCGAAAGACGAGCGACGUUUGUGCCAUUAAUGUCUCUUCCCCCUCCCUCCACCAGGUAAGACAUGGACCACGCGCGUUCUGGUCAGUUUCCAUCCCCAGCCCCCUUCUCUGUCCCCCCCGGGCAUUCGCGUGAGUGGCUUCAAACUAAGCCGGGGGGGGGGAUGAUUUGAAACUGCCCCCCUUCGUGCAAUCCGCGCCGCUGGUGCGCUGUGCAUCUCUCGCGUCCCUGCCCUGGCGAUUGACUGGUUUUUUUUUAACCAGCCACUGUAGUGGAAUGAGAGCUGUAGCCAUUGUCCGUUCUUGUGCCGGCGAUGCGGCCUCUUUCCAUCUCCUGCAAAUGGAGUCCUCCUGUCCGUUCUUUCUAUAGCGAACUCUGCAGCUGCUUAAACAGCCCUGUUGAAAUUAGUAGAAUCAAGAGGCUUUUUUUUUUUUUAAAGGGGGAAAAACAUGUUUUCAGGCAGGAAGGCACCGCCAAACAUGUGUCCCUCCCUUCUAAUCUGUGUAAUUUUAGAUCCAUCUGUAGAGAGUUAGAAACAGAAGGGCUAGUCUUUUUUUCUUUUUUUCUUCUUCUUGGUGCCAAUUAGCAAACAUCCAGCAUGAGUGUUGGUUCCUGAUUCCUUAUCAGUUGGAGGUAAAUAGAAGUUUCCUCUCUCUGGCGCCAGGAUGUCUAGUGCAGACCUGCCUCUGAUCUGCUCUGAAUAACUGACAUGUCUCUUUCUCUCUCAUCCCCCGCCCCCCUCCCCUCUACCCCAUUCAGACUGCAGGUGUGGGAUCACAACGCUUGGCUCUCUCCAAGGGAGGAGGAGAAGAGACCUUGACUUGGAAAGGAUCAGACUUCAACCCUAUGCAUCCAAUAAUGGAGGGACCUCAGCCUUUAUCUUCCAGAUAUUGUGUCUGUGGAGCAUGUGGCACAAGGCAUUGGAUGCUUGGCUGGUUUUUCAGUACUGUUUCCGCUUCCCCACUCUGCUUCUCUUGCCUGAAAAUAAAUCUCAACAGGCCAGGAAAGACUUUGAUUCUGCCCCCUCCCUCCCCCAACUAAAUGGAUCCGAACUCUUGACUAUUUGAAUUUAACCGCCUCAUUGCACAAGGGCAAGAAAUGCUGGGAACUCCUGACUCCUUGAGCAUCAUCUGCACUGUAAGAUCAGUGUUUUAUGUUCUCGAAAUCCCAAGUGUGCUAGACUGGCUCCCCAGUCAUUAUAUAGAUCUCUUUAAAACGUGGCUGGCUAUAAAGGAGACCACAACAUGCUUUAAAAAGACUUGCAGAGAUGCAGUUGUAUGUAUAUUUUGGAUUAUAGUGUGAUAUAAAAAAAAAAAAAAACUUAAAGGGGGCUGGGUAGAGGGUAAUACCAACAAGAAUUUCAAAACAGCUGUUCUGGGGCUGUGGCCUCAUGUUUAUUGUUGAACUCUAUAAUAGAGUAUAACGUUUGUACCUUUUUUGCAGGAAGGUGAAUUUCUGCGAUCAUGCAUUGUACUUGCUUUAUAAACUUUUUAUAAAAGUUAAAAGUUUUUACAUAAUAAAAUUUUAAGUUUGGUU